AGAACUUGGCCCCCAGAGCUGCCAGAGCAGCCCUGUGACACAACCCUUGGAAAUGGCCACGAGGGGAUUUUGCCCUCAGCCAUGGCCAGGUGCCGCCCCUACAGCUUCCUGUUCUCCCUGAACCCCCCAGAGCAAAUUGACAGAGGAGCCAACAGCAGCUGGGGUGUGCCAGAUGUACUUUACGAUCCUCAAGACUUGAACAAUUUUUUGCCUAGAUCCAGAACGGUGUGGCAGCCCCUGCUGAGCGCUGAUCCCGCCCAGCCCGUGGUGGCCCAGCCCGCGGGUUGCCCGGGGCCACCUGGGGACCUGCUGCAGCAGUGCCUGCGAGCAGCGGGCAUCACGGAGCAGCUGCUGGAGGCCGAGGCCAAGCGGGACCCGGGCAGCCCCCCGCCCCCCGAGGCUGCCCCCGCUGCCCCCCAGCCAGCCCCGGGCCAGCAGCCGCUGCUCGCCCAGCCCUUGGUGCAGCCCCUGGGACCCUUCCCCAGCCUCCCGCUGGUGGGGCCAGCCCAGCUCGGGGGACAGCAGGUGACAGCCACCGCCCUGCCGCUGCCGCAGCUCCUGGUCCUGCAGCAGGUGCCGCAGAGGAUCAUCCUGCAGGUGAAGCAGCCGGGCCCCCCCACGCUGGCCCUGCUGCCCAGCCCAGCCCCCUGUGUCCUGGGGAGCGGCCAGGGCCCGGGGCCACCCGCCCACGAAGCCGGUGGCCACCCCCAUCCCGUCACCCUGUCGCCCUGCGGGCAGCGCCCCCCAGCAGCAGCAGCGGCCCAGCCCUGCGGCAUCCCCACGGCCAAGGCUGUGGGGAUCGAGCUGUGGCACGGGGAAAGCUUCUGGGGCCCCAACUGGGGCAAACUGGACUCGUUCAUUUCCUAUUUCUAGUAAAAAUCUCGGAGGAAAGCG